AUGGAAAUUUUAAGAACGUCAUGGUUGCUUGAUGAGUUCCAGCAGUCUUUCCACAGCAAGAAUGAUUACGCAGCACCCCUUGAACACACACUAGGAGUGUGUCCUGAGCUUGAGGAAUACAUGAAAGAAUUCCAACUAAUUGUGACUGGAGACAACCCAACCUGGAAAUAGAAUAAAAGCUAGUUGCAGAGGUAGCUACUUGGACGUAAAAAAAAAUACGGAAGCAAAGAGCAAAAUAAAACAACUGCACUAAAAAGAUGAAAGGGGAAACAAAACAUUAGUCUGAUGAAUAAAAAAAUAAUCUGUAUAAAAAGACAAGAAAAUAGCCAAAGAAUCUAGUCCAUGGAGUAGUGUCCUCCAAGCACAUAAGAAAUAAUUUUUAACACUUAAUAACAUUGAUUAGGGCUGAUAGCAAUACAUUCAUGCCUUCCUGAAAUAAACCUAUUAUACUGCAGUAACAUUAAACAACCUUUUUUUCUUAUAAUCUACAUAAUACAGUGGCCAAAUGGAUCAUCACAGACAAAAACACCAUUAAUGAUUCCAUGGCAGGGUCCAUUCCAUGUAUCUCUUAAUGCAGAGGAGUCAACCAUUCAAGUGUUCUGGCCUGUUUUUGAGAAUUUAUAUAAAGCUGUAUUUGGAAGGUUGGUCAAAUUUAGAGAAAAAUAAGAAAUCAAAAGCAGUAUGCUUCAGCUUCGUACACCUGUAGGUUGGGAGAAGCUAUCAGAAGGUCACAAAAAUAAUAAUUAUUGUAUUUACUAAAUUUUUAGAAACAAGAGAUUUCCCAAGAAGCAAAAAAUCUGAAAAAAUUUCUUUAGUAUCAUCACUUGCAUUUGGAGGCCGGCUUAUAGUUCGCAAUGUGGUCUUGGAUUUGUUUAGUUCAAGUAAAGAUCCACAGUACCCAAUGUUGGUCAACCUACUCGAUGAAAUAACAUGCUUCAAUACGUACUACUACCCUGUAUUCUUUCGUGGUAGAAACUUUGACAGCUGGAUGCAGUCCAUGCUGAGGGCUUCCACGAUCUUCAUCAACUUCAGACGCAGAAACUACGACAAGGCAACCUUAACUCAGUUGAGUGAUCUUCUGCUCCAUGUAUCAGACAACACAGACCUUGGAGAAAAGAUGCAAGAGUUCCUGCAAGUUUUUACUGAGAAACUCCAUCCCAUAUUACGACGGUAGGAAAAAUAUUACACUUUUGAAUUUAACUAGGAAAGAUACAAAUGAUAAAGGAUAUCUUAACACAAAAGUAUUCAUUGUUUUUAAGUUGACUUUGGCUUUGGUAAUCGUCUUUUUGGUCCUUGGGGCCCUUUGAUAAAAGUCUUCGCUUAAAGUCACAAAAGUCUUUUGCUCUUGUAGCUUACUUAAACAAUGAAAAAAUUGACUAUUUGAGACAUUGUCCACAAAGUUACUAUAAUAAUAAAAUAAGAGUUAUAUUAUUGAUUACGUUGUUACAGCAAUGUACCUAUUUGGGCUGUUCCACAACUGAUAAACACGAUUACCCAUGCGCUAAGUGGAAGACGCUUCGAGGCUGAUUUUAUGGAAUGGUUUUUACCAAACUGCUUACGAGGAUGCAGUAACAAAGACAUUGCAGAGAUGGCAUUAAAAUCGUCUGAGUUCCUGUUUGAAAUUUUGUCUAAAGUAUGGAUGACGCUUGGCCAAACAGCGAAAGUCCGACGUGGAAAUCGUAAAUUCCAGGUGUUAACUCCAUUAAACAAUUUUACUCAAGCUGGCUGA